AUCGUGAUAAGAUAGUUGACUACGUACUACCAUCAUCACCCAAAAUGUUUAGUUCUCGCUCCUGUAAAAUCGAACUUGAAAAAGAAGCAUACCAUUCUGGAGAAAUCGUGAAUGGGAAGGUCCGUUGUAAUUUCGCAAAGGAGUGUACUGUUAGAGAUUUAACAAUCACGUUCUCGGGAAAGGCGAGGGUUCGAUGGGAAGAUGGGGACGAUACAUAUUCCAAAAUUGAGACCCUUUUUGAGCUGACAUCCAGGUUAUUGCAAUGUCAAACAAAGUUCAGUCCGGGAGAUUACGUUUACCCGUUUACGUUUAAUUUUCCCGACAACCUACCGUCUUCAGUGGAAGUGGCAUGCGGAGGAAGUUCGCGGGGAAGUAUAAGGUACAAGGCGCGAGCAGAGAUUGACAAAGAAUGGAGCCUAGGCUGCAGUUGCGAGAAGGUCUUUAACGUGUUGCCAAGGAACGAGUGUAACCUAAUUAGUGCCUCCCCAGUCGAACGCACAAUAGAAAAAAUUCCAACUACGUUCAGCACCCACGGGCCGAUCCAAUUGACGGUGACCCUACCCGACGAUCGCUACGUACCCAGUCAAGCUGUUCCGUUUGUAGCGAGACUUAAAAACGAUUCCGGCACGACGGUGAAAGAGUUGCGUUUUAACAUUACCCAGGGCUUUACUUUCCAUAUCUAUAAUCGAAAGAAAGAAAUUACGCCGGUUCGUACCGACCAAUUGGUCGUGAUUAAUAGUGUCGUGGAGCCGGGCUCCAAGAACCUCUGGAAUCUUCAGCUCACAAUUCCCGAAGACAUGUUUGUCGGCACGUCGUCCAACUGCAAUAUUAUGAAGGUAUUCUGGAAACUGAAGGGUGAAGUGUGCCUACCUUUCCCGCACAGGAAUAUGCAUAUCGAGAUACCUCUCCGUCUUGCACCUAGACCAGAAUCAGAAAAGGCGUUAAUCCAGUAAAGGAAAUCGCAAGAUGACUUGUAAUGGUCAUUUAAAUUAAAUCUCUCGAUUUGUUA